ACUUGGGCGUUGGACUCCGCAUCUUAUUAGCAACAAGGGAAAUUUCUCCAUUUUCCACCCUGUCUAGAGCGACACAGCCACAAAUCUGGGAUUUUUUUAUUACUUCUCUUCACUUGGCAGUUUUUUCUGCGUUUUACCCAAUUUGUUGACUGAGACUGGACUUCGAUUACUCUUAGAGUGAACUUUCCAAAGGGGAGCAUCUGCGAAGAGCGUGCAAAUAAGAAAGGGGCUUGUGGUCUUUGUUCGUUUUUGGAUCGGUUGAGUUUCUUUGUUGGAGCGAAAGCAUGGGAGCGCAAUUCUCCAAGACCGCUGCAAAAGGCGAAACCGUGGCAGAAAAGCCAGGAGAGGCUGCUGCUUCACCUACCAAGACUAAUGGACAGGAAAAUGGGCACGUGAAAGUGAACGGGGACGCGUCCCCUGCUGCUGCAGAGGCGGGUAAGGAGGAGGUGCAGGCCAAUGGCAGUGCCACCGCCGAGGAGGCGCCCAAGCAGGAGGCCGAGAAGGCUGAGGCUGCUGCACCUGCAGAGAAGGAGGCCGCCGAGGGCGAGAAGGAGAACGCAGAGGCCGCCGCUCCGGCCGCCGAGGGCGAGGCUGCCGCCAAGGCCGAGGACGGCGCCACGCCUUCCACCAGCAACGAGACGCCCAAGAAGAAGAAGAAGCGAUUCUCUUUCAAGAAGUCCUUCAAGCUCAGCGGCUUCUCCUUCAAGAAGACCAAGAAGGAGACCGGCGAGGGCGAGGGCGAGGAGGCCGCCGCGUCCACGGAGGAGGCCAAGGCCGAGGGAGCCGAGGCCACGGAGGCAGCCGCCGCCGAGGAGGCCAAGCCCGCCGGAGAGGAGGCCGCUCCCGCCGCCGCCGCAGAGGAGACCAAGGAGCCCGCCGCAGCCGCCGCCAGCCCGGUGGAGGCCAAACCCGAGGAGACGGCAGAGAAGUCGGCCGAGGAGGCCAAGGCGGCCACUCCCGCGGAGGAGCCCAAGGCGGAGGAGAAGCCAGCGGAGCCUGCAGCAGAGGCCAAGUCCCCCGAGCAGGAGGCCCCCAAAGCAGAGGAGCCCGCACCUGCGACACAGGAGCCCGCAGCCUCCAGUCCAGAGGCCCCCGCCGCCGAGGCCCAAGAGUAGGGCCCCCAGCACCAAGCAGAACGGAAGAAAUAACACCAGAAAAAGGAGAAAAAAAGAUAAUCAAAGAACAUUUUUCCCUGUUUGUAUGUUGGAGUGGUGCCAGUUCCUGGCUCUGGAGAACUUGUCUACAACCAGGGAUAUUUUAAAGCUUUUCUUUUUUUUUCUCUCCUCCCUCCCCCUUCUCCACAAAACCCAUCUCAGCCCAUUGUUACUACCAUUCCAGCGGGCAGAGCGAGGUGGGUGGCUUAGAUGAGUAAUACAGAAGAAAUCACAUCCACACUCUGACAUAUAUUUUUUUGCAUCAGUAUUAAAUGUUUUUGUUUGCCUUUUUUUUGUUUUUGCAUUUUUAUACAAAAUGUAUACUUGUCAAAAAUGUAUGGACAUGCCCAUGGUAUGAAGGAGAACUGGGGUCAAAGUUGAGAUGUACAUGAAGGGUGCCUGGGGGA